AAUAAUCCGCCGGGCCAAACAGAGGAAGCUGUGGCAGACGGUGGGGACGUCGACCACGCUGAGCCACAUGAUUUCGAAGCCGCUUCUGAAGUAGAAAUGUUGCACGACGACGACAUUGACCCCCUCGCCCAACACCAACUACACCAGCCUGCGGUGGUUGUGGAAAAUCUGCGCGUGAAAUUCGGCGACGCCUUUUACGCUCUUUCCGCGGGCACGAAUCUGAGGAUGCAGCGUAACCAAAUUUUCUGCCUGCUCGGCCCCAACGGUGCGGGGAAGAGUACCUGCAUGAAGGUUUUGACCGGGCAUUUGAGACAGUACGACAACGAGGACGCUGCGACACCAGCGAGGGACGAAAUAGAAUCAGUUUCCUCGGACGAAGCAGAGGAGCCAGAACUAGAACCGCAGCAGCAUCGCUCUUCUCCUACUUCUGAUCUUCAAUAUAGGAGAACAAGUGAGGACUACAGUGCCGCAAGUAGUACGAGAAUAUCUACUUCUGCCCCGGCCCCUGCGAGGACUAGGACUACACGGAGCGGACCCCGCCGGGGUAGACGAGGCGCUGCGACCGCCGGAACUACUACAUCAGCCGCUACUUCUUCAUCACUUGGUGGACGAGGUGGUCUUAUUCUUCCGGGGUCUUACGUGCGGAUCUACGGGCACACAGUUGAGGAGGGGAGGCGGAAGCAGAUGAUCGGGUUUUGUCCGCAGGAGAACGCGUUGUACGAGUACUUAACCGUGGAAGAACACUUCUUGCUGUUCAUGAAACUGCGUAAUUUCGAAAUUCCAGCCUCGUCAGAAGAGGCCGACGAAGAUGAGAUUUUGGAGGACCGAGAUCAUGCUGUUCGGGAUGGAGAGGAUAGUAGUUUAUUUGGAGAUCAUGAUGAUGUAGUUGCAGACGCGGCAGAUGCAGUUCCACAUCGAGUACAACAUGUUGCGUCUUCACGCGAGAUGAACAUUAAUGCAGUAGAAGAACAAAUAGGCCAACGGACUACAUCAACAGCAAAUCCUCGUGGCACGACACCAGCUCCUCGCGUGCUAUCUGCAGCGGAACAAGAGCCGGAAGCAGUGGCUGACGAGAAUGAGGACGAAGAGCAGGACCACGAGGACAAUAAUUUGUCCUGGAUCGCCUUGACACUGAACGUCAAGACCUCGCGUUCAGAGGAGCUUCGCGCGCGGAAAAUCCGCGAACGGAAGUACGUCACCACCAUGCUGCAGAAACUGAAUUUGCUGGAUAAGCGACACACAUUAGUGAAAAAUCUGUCCGGCGGGAUGCAGUAUGCACUGCAAAAGUAUCGUACGCGUAUAAAUGCAUUACAAAUUUCCUCAGCAUGGCAAAGAAAAUUUGUAAUUACAAAACAUGAACACACUUCUUCUAUCGUUCCAGUUGUAAUGCUGAUUCACCUUAAGAACAAGACUUGUAAUGCAUGCAAUUCGAGUGCGAUACUUUUGCACAGGAUAUGCAGCGCCGGUUGUCGAUCGGAUUGGCCUUCGUCGGGGACCCGGUUUUUGUGGUGUUGGACGAGCCCUCCAGCGGGCUGGAUCCGUUCACCCGGCGCCAACUUUGGGAGUUUCUGCGGAAAAUGAAGGAACACCGGACCAUUUUCUUCACGACGCACUUUCUUGACGAGGCCGAGGCCCUUGGGGACAACAUCGCGAUUAUGUCCUUCGGGGGAGAGGUGAAGGCCGAAGGGAGCGCGGACUUCCUCAAGCGGCAGCAUAACUGCGGUUACGAGCUUAUGCCGUUCUCAAACGUUACAUUCUCAACUGUUACAUGA